AUGCGUUCUAUCACACUUUUGACCACAUUGGUCACCAACGCUCUUGCGGUCGCGCUCCCAUGGCAAUCCAGCACAGAUGCAGAUAGCGGAACUCAGCUCCCUCUCGUGAUUUGGCACGGUUUGGGCGAUGACUUCCAACGUGAAGGGCUCACUCAAGUUGCCAAACUAGCUGAAUCCACCAACCCUGGUACAUACGUGCACCUCAUCCGACUCGCCGACGACGGCAGUGGAGAUCGCUCUGCAACCUUCUUCGGCAACGUAACGGAGCAAAUCGCCCUAGUCUGCGAACAGCUCGCCGCGGACCCGAUCCUCAGUACGGCGCCCGCCAUCAACGCGCUAGGUUUCUCGCAGGGUGGUCAGUUUCUACGCGGGUACAUCGAGCGAUGCAACAACCCGCCCGUCCACAACCUCGUCACAUUUGGCAGCCAGCACAAUGGCAUCUCGGCGUUUGAGUCGUGCGCCAUCGAUAACUGGUUCUGUAGAGGGGCCGAGGAACUACUACGAUCGGGACGGUGGACGAGCUUUGCACAGUCGCGCGUCGUGCCGGCACAGUACUUCCGCGACCCAGAGGAGCUGGAUUUGUACCUCCAGCACAGCAAUUUCCUAGCUGAUAUCAACAACGAGCGUGCGGUCAAGAACGAGACAUACAAGAAGAACCUAGCCUCGCUGAAUAAAUUCGCGAUGUUCAUGUUUGAGGAGGAUACUGUCGCUGUUCCUAAGGAGAGUGCUUUCUUCUCCGAGGUGAAUUCCACUACUGGCGAGGUGACACCUCUUCACGAGAGGCCGAUCUACAAGGAGGAUUGGCUGGGGCUGAAGCAGCUACAUGAGCAGGGCAAGUUGGACUUCAAUACUGCCCCUGGUCAGCAUAUGCAUCUGUCUGCAAAGACCCUGCGCAAAGCUUUUGAACAGUAUUUUGCUCCGCUGGAGGAGUCCAGUCCUUCAGUUCCUGGUCUCGUUGUACAGCAGCGCGGACUUUGA